CUGAGCCUGCCCAGCUUACCGCGACGAGCUGCGACAUCCUCACCAUCCCAUCAGGAAUUAAACCCUGGCCGUCGCAGGUGGACCAUCGAUGAAUCGAGUUUCUCUCGGACGGCUGUGAAACUUGUCCCGCGUUCGCGCUCGCGGACCGCGAUCAUACGCGAGCCUUGAGAGUCUUCAAGUCCACCUCAACGCCAGGUGUCGCGGCUUGAUCAUCUCGAUAUGUCUCAGCUUCCGCCGCCGCCGCCCCCUGGCUGGGGCCCGCCCCCUCCGCCUCCUCCCGACUCGGCGAUGCCUCCUCCACCGUCACAGCUGCCUCCCCCUCCUGGCGCGCCGCCUCCACCUCCUCCGCCCGGUUUCCGACCAAGCGCAGAUGCCCACACCGCAAAAUUUGAGCAGAAGAAGAAGGAAUGGCUCCGGCUACAGCGGAAUCGUUUCGGCGAGAAACGGAAGGGCGGUUUCGUGGAGACGCAGAAGGCUGACAUGCCCCCCGAGCAUCUUCGAAAGAUCGUCAAGGACAUUGGCGAUGUGUCCCAAAAGAAAUACACCGCCGACAAGCGGAGUUACCUUGGUGCCUUGAAGUUCAUGCCCCACGCUGUCAUGAAACUCUUGGAAAACAUGCCAAUGCCCUGGGAGUCCGCUAGAGAAGUGAAGGUUCUCUACCACGUGAACGGGUGCUUGACCCUGGUCAACGAGAUCCCCCGUGUCAUCGAACCCGUCUUCAUUGCACAGUGGGGCGCGAUGUGGGUGAUCAUGCGGAAGGAAAAGAGCGACCGGCGACUUUUCAAGCGGAUGAGGUUCCCACCUUUCGAUGACGAGGAGCCACCUUUGUCGUGGUCCGAAAACCUCGAAGAUGUCGAUCCACUGGAACCAGUCCAGAUGGAACUGGAUGAGGAAGACGAUGAGGCCAUUCAGGAAUGGUUCUACGACCACAGACCACUCGAAGACACGCCUCAUGUGAAUGGCCCAAGUUACAAGACGUGGAAUCUUACAUUACAGCAGAUGGCCAACUUGUAUCGUCUCAGCCGGCCUCUCAUCUCAGAUGUCUUCGACAAGAACUACUUCUAUCUGUUCGAGCUGAAGAGUUUGUUGUCAGCGAAGGCCCUCAAUGUCGCUCUUCCUGGUGGCCCCCGGUUUGAGCCCUUGUAUAAGGACAUCGACCCCAACGACGAGGAUUUUGGCGAGUUCAAUGCUAUAGAUCGGAUCAUCUUCAGAAACCCUGUCCGGACCGAGGACAGGGUCGCAUACCCGUUCCUAUACAAUUCCCUGCCGCGAAGCGUUCAUCUAUCUUGGCACUCUCACCCUCAGACAGUCUACAGCAGGGCGGAUGACCCAAGCUUGCCCGCCUUCUAUUUCGACAAGUCUAUCAACCCGAUCUCGUCGCGUGAUGUUGCUCCGAAGAAUCUCAGCAUUACCCACGAGGAUGAGCUCUUCGGGAAGGGCAACAUAGAAGAGGAUGAGGAAGAGGCCUUCACCCUACCGCCUACUGUGGAGCCGUUCCUGGCUGACGAGGACCUUUACAAUGACGAUACUGCCUCCGCCAUCGAGCUAUGGUGGGCUCCAUUCCCCUUCGAUCGCCGCUCAGGCCGCAUGGUUCGGGCGCAAGAUGUCCCGCUUAUCAAGCAGUGGUAUCUGGAGCACUGCCCCCCGAAGCAGCCUGUCAAGGUUCGAGUGUCAUACCAAAAGAUGCUCAAGACCUAUGUCCUGAAUGAGCUCCACAAAAAGAAGCCGAAGGCGCUCCAGAGGCAGAACCUGCUCAGGACGCUCAAAGCCACCAAGUUCUUCCAGCAGACGACCAUCGACUGGGUUGAAGCAGGUCUUCAGGUCUGCCGACAGGGCUUCAACAUGCUCAACCUCCUCAUCCACCGCAAGAAUCUCACAUACCUUCACCUGGACUACAACUUCAACCUGAAGCCUGUCAAGACCCUCACGACCAAGGAGCGGAAGAAGUCUCGUUUUGGAAAUGCGUUCCAUCUCAUGCGUGAGAUCCUGCGGCUGACAAAACUCAUCGUCGAUGCUCAAGUUCAGUACCGCCUGGGUAACAUUGAUGCAUUCCAGCUUGCCGACGGUAUUCUGUAUGCUUUCAAUCACGUUGGUCAACUUACAGGAAUGUACCGCUACAAGUACAAGCUCAUGCACCAAAUCCGAACUUGCAAAGAUUUGAAGCAUCUGAUCUACUACCGCUUCAAUGCUGGGCCUGUCGGCAAGGGACCUGGUUGUGGUUUCUGGGCUCCUGCCUGGAGAGUUUGGCUCUUCUUCAUGCGUGGAAUCAUCCCUCUGCUCGAGCGUUGGCUAGGGAACUUGCUUUCGCGUCAAUUCGAGGGUCGUCACUCGAAGGGUGUUGCCAAGACAGUGACUAAGCAGCGUGUCGAGUCGCAUUUUGAUCUGGAGCUUCGGGCGUCUGUCAUGGCCGAUCUCAUGGACAUGAUGCCUGAGGGUAUUAAGCAGAACAAGGUGAACACAGUGCUGCAACAUCUUUCUGAGGCUUGGAGGUGCUGGAAGAGCAACAUUCCUUGGAAGGUCCCUGGUCUACCCGCCGCUAUCGAGAACAUCAUUUUGCGUUAUGUCAAGUCGAAGGCCGACUGGUGGAUUUCAGUCGCGCACUACAAUCGUGAGCGGAUCAGGAGAGGUGCCACCGUGGAUAAGACGGUGGCCAAGAAGAACGUUGGCCGUCUCACCCGUCUCUGGCUCAAGGCCGAGCAGGAACGGCAACACAAUCACAUGAAGGACGGUCCUUAUGUCUCUUCUGAAGAAGCCGUAGCGAUUUACACAACCAUGGUGCACUGGUUGGAAUCGCGCAAGUUCUCUCCCAUUCCUUUUCCUAGCGUCUCCUACAAGCACGACACCAAGAUCCUUAUCUUGGCCCUGGAACGGCUACGUGAGGCGUACUCCACAAAGGGCCGUCUCAAUCAGAGCCAGCGCGAGGAGCUCGCUCUCAUUGAGCAGGCUUACGACAGUCCUGGCACGACUUUGGAGCGUAUCAAACGGUUCUUGCUCACCCAGAGAGCCUUCAAGGAAGUUGGUAUCGACAUGAACGACAACUACAGCACGAUCAACCCUGUCUACGACAUUGAGCCCAUUGAGAAGAUCAGCGAUGCAUAUUUGGAUCAAUACCUGUGGUAUCAGGCAGACCAACGAUCUUUGUUUCCAGCUUGGAUCAAGCCAUCGGACUCGGAAGUGCCGCCGCUUCUAACCUACAAGUGGGCCCAAGGCAUCAACAAUCUGCAGAAUGUCUGGGUUACCGAGGAUGGCGAAUGCAAUGUCAUGAUCGAGACACAGCUGUCCAAAAUCUAUGAGAAGAUUGAACUGACCCUUCUCAACUCUCUCCUCCGGCUGAUCAUGGAUCACAACCUGGCAGAUUACAUUACCGCAAAGAACAACGUCACGUUGACCUACAAGGAUAUGAAUCACGUGAAUAGCUACGGCAUGAUCCGUGGUCUCCAGUUCUCGGCAUUCGUAUUCCAGUACUAUGGUCUUGUUCUCGAUCUGUUGCUCCUGGGGCCUCAGCGGGCAACUGAGAUUGCCGGUCCCCCACAAAAGCCCAACGACUUCCUUCAGUUCAGUGACCGCGAGACUGAGACGAAGCACCCAAUUCGCCUCUACACUCGCUACAUUGACAAGAUUUGGAUGUUCUUGAGGUUCACGGCUGACGAGUCGAGGGAUUUGAUCCAGAGAUUCUUGACCGAACAGCCUGAUCCCAAUUUUGAGAACGUCAUCGGGUACAAGAGCAAGAAGUGCUGGCCGAAGGACUCGCGCAUGAGACUAAUGAGGCACGAUGUCAACCUCGGGCGCGCGGUUUUCUGGGACCUAAAGAACCGACUGCCACGUUCCAUCACCACUAUCGAGUGGGACGAGACAUUUGCCAGUGUCUACAGUCGCGACAAUCCUAACCUCCUCUUCUCGAUGUCUGGGUUCGAGGUUCGAAUCUUGCCAAAAAUCCGGAACCAGAACGAGGAGUUCCCGGUGAAAGAUAGUGUCUGGUCUUUGGUCGACAACGAGAGCAAGGAGAGAACAGCGCAUGCCUUCUUACAGGUGACUGAGGAAGAUGUGCAGAAGUUUAACAACCGCAUCAGGCAGAUUCUCAUGUCCUCUGGAUCCACAACCUUCACCAAGAUUGCCAACAAGUGGAACACUGCGUUGAUAAGCCUUUUCACUUAUUACAGAGAGGCUGCCGUCUCGACAAUUCCUCUUCUCGACACGAUUGUGAAGUGCGAAACUAAGAUCCAGACGCGUGUCAAGAUCGGUCUCAACUCCAAGAUGCCAUCUCGUUUCCCGCCAGCUGUCUUCUACACGCCCAAGGAGCUCGGAGGUCUUGGUAUGAUUUCAGGGUCACACAUUCUGAUUCCAGCAAGCGACAAGCGGUGGUCCAAGCAGACCGAUACGGGCGUCACACAUUACAGAGCUGGCAUGACACAUGAUGAAGAGACUCUCAUCCCGAACAUCUUCAGAUACAUCAUUCCCUGGGAGUCAGAGUUCAUCGACUCGCAGCGAGUGUGGACGGAAUACUCCCAAAAGCGUCUUGAGGCCAACCAACAAAAUCGCCGUCUCACUCUGGAAGACCUUGAAGACUCUUGGGAUCGCGGACUUCCAAGAAUCAACACGCUGUUCCAAAAGGAUCGAAGUACGCUGUCAUUCGAUAAAGGUUAUAGGUGCCGGGCGGAAUUCAAGAUCUAUCAGCAGAUGAAGAGCAAUCCUUUCUGGUGGACCAGCCAGAGACAUGAUGGAAAAUUGUGGAAUCUGAACGCCUACCGUACCGAUGUCAUCCAGGCUCUCGGUGGUGUUGAGACUAUCUUGGAGCACACACUAUUUAAAGCCACAGGGUUCCCUUCUUGGGAGGGUCUCUUCUGGGAGAAGGCCAGUGGUUUUGAGGAGAGUAUGAAGUUCAAGAAGUUGACGAAUGCUCAACGGUCCGGUCUCAACCAAAUCCCGAACCGUCGGUUUACUCUUUGGUGGUCGCCGACCAUCAACCGAGCAAACGUCUAUGUCGGUUUCCAGGUGCAACUUGAUCUCACUGGCAUUUUCCUCCACGGCAAGAUCCCGACGCUCAAGAUCUCGCUAAUCCAGAUCUUCCGAGCCCAUCUUUGGCAGAAGAUACAUGAGAGUGUUGUCAUGGACUUGUGUCAAGUGUUUGAUCAAGAGCUGGAGUCACUGUCUAUUGAAUCCGUGCAGAAAGAAACGAUCCAUCCUCGAAAGUCGUACAAGAUGAACAGCUCCUGUGCCGACAUUCAACUUUUUGCCAGCCACAAGUGGAACGUGACCCGACCGUCCAUGCUGUUCGACACCAAGGAUGUCAUCGAACCCCAUACCACCAACAAGUUCUGGGUUGACGUCCAAUUGAGGUAUGGAGACUACGACUCGCACGAUAUUGAGCGUUAUGUCCGUGCCAAAUACCUCGACUACACAACCGACAGCAUGAGUCUGUACCCAUCAGCAACUGGCCUCAUGAUCGGGAUAGACCUCGCAUACAACCUCUACUCGGCAUAUGGCCACUACUUCCCGGGUCUGAAGAUGCUGAUUCAGCAAGCUAUGGCCAAGAUCAUGAAGGCGAACCCUGCCCUCUAUGUUCUGCGCGAGCGUAUUCGAAAGGGUCUCCAGCUGUACGCCUCCGAGAGCAACCAAGAAUUUUUGAACUCUCAGAACUACUCCGAGCUGUUCAGCAACCAGACCCAACUGUUCAUCGACGACACGAACGUCUACCGAGUGACCAUCCACAAGACCUUCGAAGGCAACCUGACAACCAAGCCGAUUAACGGAGCCAUUUUCAUUUUCAAUCCUAGAACCGGGCAGCUGUUCUUGAAGAUCAUCCACACGAGCGUGUGGGCCGGUCAGAAGCGUCUCGGUCAACUGGCGAAAUGGAAGACAGCCGAAGAAGUUGCUGCUCUUAUCCGAUCGCUCCCGGUUGAAGAGCAGCCCAAGCAGCUCAUUGUCACCCGCAAAGGUCUUCUCGAUCCUUUGGAAGUGAACCUGCUCGACUUCCCCAACAUUUCUAUUCGGGCUUCUGAGCUGCAGUUGCCAUUCCAGGCUGCCAUGAAGGUCGAGAAGUUGGGUGACAUGAUUCUGAGAGCGACCGAGCCUCAGAUGGUCUUGUUCAACCUUUACGAUGAAUGGCUCAAGAGCAUCUCCUCUUACACUGCCUUCUCACGUCUUGUUCUGAUCUUGCGUGCCCUGCAUGUCAAUAUGGACAAGACGAAGCUUGUUCUGCGCCCUGACAAGACGGUUGUCACUCAGGAACACCACAUCUGGCCGACAUUGUCGGAUGAAGACUGGAUCAAGGUUGAGACUCAAUUAAGAGACCUGAUCCUGAAUGACUACGGAAAGAAGAACAACGUCAACGUCUCCAGCUUGACGAGCAGUGAGGUUCGUGACAUCAUUCUUGGUAUGGAGAUUUCUGCUCCAUCGUUGCAGAGACAGCAAGCUGCCGAGAUCGAGAAGCAGCAGCAGGAACAGCAACAACUCACUGCUGUCACCACCAAGACGCAGAACGUCCACGGGGAGGAGAUCAUAGUCACGACGACGUCUCAGUUUGAGCAGCAGACUUUUGCAUCCAAGACCGAAUGGCGCACGCGGGCCAUUGCCAGCUCAAACCUGCGUACUCGCGCUAACAACAUUUAUGUCUCUCCUGUGGACAAUGAUGCGGAGGAGAUCACGUACGUCAUGCCAAACAACAUCCUCAAGCGCUUCAUCCAGAUUGCGGAUCUGCGUGUGCAAGUGGCUGGGUACCUGUACGGAGCUUCGCCACCCAACUACGACCAGGUCAAGGAAAUCAAGUGUAUCGUCUUGGUCCCCCAGAUCGGUGGUCUUCGGAAUGUGCAGCUGCCCCACCAGCUGCCCCAGCACGAGCUGUUGAAGGACCUGGAGCCCCUCGGCCUGAUCCACACAAUGUCAGGCAACGAGCUGCCGUACAUGUCCGCAGCAGACGUCACGGAGCAUUCCAAGCUGCUGGACGCUCACCCCGAGUGGGCACAGGACAAGACGCUCACGGUGUCGGUCUCCUUCACACCAGGCAGUGUCUCCCUCUCCGCGUGGGCGCUCAGCCCCCAGGGCUACAAGUGGGGCCUAGAGAACAGGGACCUGCAGAGCGACCAGCCGCAGGGCUUCACGACGACGAUGGGCGAGAAGCGCAAGCUGCUGCUGAGCCCGCGCUACAGGGGCUUCUUCCUGGUGCCCGAGAGCAGCCAGUGGAACUACAGCUUCAUGGGCUCGGCCUUUGCCGGCCUCGAGAAGAAGCCCGUCCGCGUCAAGCUCGACACCCCGAUGCCCUUCUACAGCGACACGCACCGGCCGGUGCACUUCCAGAGCUUCGCCGAGCUCGAGGAUAUUGGGGUGGACAGGAGCGACAACUUUGCGUAAGCGGGCGGGAACGCCGGCCUUCAGGGGAACGCGUCCCGCGCGGGGAGACAAGGUCAUCAGUGCAAAUUCACGGCUGGUUCGGAGUGAUUUUGCACCUGGGCGCCACGGGCGCGUCAGGGAAAAGGAAGAUGGGCCGAGGCUGGCUCGGUUCCUACGGGCAGAAACACGAAUUCGCAAGCGACGCCGGCCCGCCGGUCGCCUCCCUUGCAACUUUUGCUAUUACUUCUCGCAGAAGAAUACUGGGGCCACAGAAUGUGCAUGGUCCUCAUUCACUCUUUGGUAAUAGGGGGGGGGUUGAGUUGUGGUGACGCGGCGUUUCCGAGGGCAUCGGCGAGGCUGUGUUUUUGGUUCCCCUUGUCUCGAGGGGAGAAAGGAGCCGAGAUUGUAUUGUACACGGUGUAUGCGAUGUGACGGGCUCGAAAAGGAAGAAGAGAUAGCGAGCAGCCUGCAGAAAAGCAUAGCAAACAAUUUGAUUGCGUUCAUACAUGUCUACAGAACGGCAUGCCGCGCAAAAGCAACGGCAUCGCGCUAUCUGUCAAUUUUUGAUGCAGUCAUUCACAGUGGCGGCCAGCCACAACCGCCAGUACAACAACUAAUAUCUCUCCCCCCCGUUGUAACCCGGCAUGACGUUGGAUUUCACAAGCCUCAGCCGCGGACACCGGCCCCAUAGCCAAAAGGAGGAGCUUUGUAACUCUGCCCUAGUUCCUGCAUUGGCGUGGCGUGGGGCUUGGGACGAUCGCACAAGAAUAAUACAUAAGCGAACGCGGACGGCCGCAUGAGCUUUCCAGAAGCAGUCAGGUACUGCUCCGGGGGAGGUUGUAUGGCUGACGAGCACGUGCCCCGCUCCCGUCGCACCGGCGCGUGCGGCCAAGCGAGACGGUCUCUACUCUGACCCUGAUGUUCUUUCUCUUGUGUUCCCUACUGUCCUUGCUUCUUGCCGGAGCUUGGGGCAUGUGGUGUGCGCGGGCUCGGUGUCCCCAUUCUGUCCUAGAGCUUGCUUUUAUUUUCUCCGGUGAGGCUAGCCAUAUGGCGCCCUAUUGACCUGUCACCCAGUCUGGAGUCUGUCAGGCGACUGGGGAGGUGGGGAUGCCGUACAGCAAGCGAUUGGUUUCCCGGUGGGGAUCGGUAAGUGCGCCGGGCGCAGGUUUGAGCCUAGGAGGGGUGACCGACAGAUGGACGGCAGACGGCAGACGGCAGACGGCAGAAGAGAUGUCCCCAGGAGAGCAGCUGCCUUGCGUAUGUAAUCAUUGGUCGUGGUUGAUUUGAAAUUGCAGAGCUUCAUGCAUCAAUGCCGCAUCGGGCGUUUUUCUGCUGCUGCCCCCGCGACAACCUGUAUGUAGUCUAGCUGUCUAGGUGCUCG